UAGCAACAACAGCAACAGAAAGUCUUGGCGUUGGACCCCACCAUCAUCACCGCCGUUGAAGCUUCUCCAACCCCUCCUCCAACAAAGAUAGGGGCUUUAUUCACAUUCUACUCUUGUGUCUAUAAGCUAACAAAACAUCAACCUGUAGUCAUCAUGGCUACGCGGCCGAGUUUAUUUACUAGAGGGCUUUCCUCCCUCUCCCAGAGCACCGAUGCAAACUCGCCAAAUGUCAGCUCGCCCGCCGAGCAGCGAGACGAUGCUAAGCGCAACCUGUUCAAGACCAUGCGCCCUCUGCCCACCCAGCAUUACUGGAACGUCUAUUUUGACAGACAAGCCAAAGACCAAAAGAAGGAAGACGAGGCCAACUACCAGGCAUCCCUAGAACAGCUAGGAACCCAGAUCGAGUCGGUCCAGGACUUUUGGCGAUAUAAUAACAAUACCCCGGUAGAUCAGAUAAAGAUGCGCGAGUCUAUCUACUUGUUCAAGAGUGGCUUCAAGCCUAUUUGGGAGGACCGUCGUAAUGUGCUGGGUGGCAGCUGGACCUUCCGCGUGCCCAAGAGUUCCGGUCCUGACUUCUGGACCCGCAUCCAACUGAUGGCCAUCGGCGAGAAGCUACAGGAGGUUCUGGAGGAAGGCGAUCAGAUCUGUGGCGUCGGCCUCUCCGUGCGCUUUAACUCGCACCUGAUUUCUAUCUGGCACCGCGAUGCGUCUAAGCAAAAGUCUAUCGACAAUCUACUGCAAGCUGUCUUGGACGACUUACCUCCCGAGCUGACACCGAAGUCCGAUAAUUACUUCUACAAGAAGCACUCGGACCACCCCGGCUUCAACCCGCCUCCUGAGCUUAAGGCGGUCCUGGACUCGCAAAAGAAGACCCUGGAGGCUGCCGCCGCCAAGAGCGCUGCUACUGCGGCCCCUCCCUCGGAGUGAAUACUAGCUUAAUAUGGCACAUGACAUAUAAGAAGGAAAAUAACCAGCCGAGUUUCUUAGGCUUCUGCAGGUGUAUAGUUUACAAGACUCAUGU